CACGCAUGUUCACGCGCAGUUUCAGUAAAUUAAUAAAAACCCCCAAGUUUUCUACUUCCAUUGUUCAUUAAACACAAUGUCAUAUCAAAACACUUCAAAAACUGGACAGAAUAGGUUUGGAGUAUUCCAAUCUAUCGAUCCAAUCUUACCUCUCGCUGCUAUCUUCGGGUCUAGAGCAUUAUUAGGCGCUACAUUGUUAGCUUCUGCUCUCCUUCCUAGGCCACUUGCUGCAGGCGCUGGCGUUAUUGCGUUGAUUUCUGCAUACAGGAAUGCAAUCAGCUUCACUUUCAAAUCCUACUUGUUUCCAGAAAAUCCCAAAAAACUCACAUUGGGAGAAAAGCGUUCAGUCAACCUCGAUACCAAUUCUACCGAACCUAUCCCUUUCCGAGUGGCACCGGUCAUCAAGGGAGAUUUCUGUGUCUUUUUGAUUGGUUUUAGAGUCAAUGGAUUUGCACGCGGCGGCGAUAGCGGUUGGCUCGGACAAGCCAUGUCAGACAUGUUAGCGGAACUCCAAGAUCAACCAGAACUUGGCUGUAUGAACUGCGAUUCAUAUGUCUCACCCAACCCCCUUGGAGGAUCUACAUUUUUGCUUGUUCAAUACUGGAGAUCGUAUGAGCAGCUGGUAAACUACGCUCGCGGACAAGAUCUGAAGCACUAUCCUGCUUGGAUGCGCGUAAUGAAGGAGUCUAAAUCAAAUGGAGCUCUUGGUGGUAUUUGGCACGAGACAUUCAAGGUCAGAGAUGGUGAAUACGAAGGUAUCUAUGUCAACACUCCACCUUUCGGGUUAGGAAAAGUUGGUCUCGUACCUGCUAUUGGAAAGAUGACCACCUCUAAGGGACGUACAGGUGAUUCGGAUGGAAAGGAUUAUUUAGAAGGAACUGAUGAGGCCUAUACGAACCUUAACAAAAUCAAUGUUGAGGUUCAAAAAUGUCCUAUUUCCGGUGCGGAAGGAGCUCAAUGCCCUGUUCCCCAUGCAUGAUUGACUGUAUAGAAUAUAAAUGCUGUAACAUCAAAUAAU